UGUGUUUAAUAACAAUGCGUCCUCAUGCAGGCUAUUGAUCGACUGAAAAGAAAUCAAGGCAGAUACAAAGGAAAGCAGCAAUUCUUGGCCAUGUACUCUAGCAUAUUUGAGGGAAUUACAACUGAUACAGCUGCUAUGGUAAUCCCUAUGGAUGAUCAUAUGGUUCAUAGAGGGCAUGGUGUUUUCGAUACUGCAGCUAUCAUGGAUGGGUAUCUCUAUGAGUUGGACCAACACCUUGACCGUUUUAUAGGAUCAGCAACCAUGGCAAAAAUAAAGCUUCCAUUUGACAGGGAAAGCAUAAGAAGAAUUCUCAUACAGACUGUAUCUGCUUCAAAAUGUAGAAGAGGUUCGUUAAGAUAUUGGCUUUCUGGAGGGCCGGGAGAUUUCAACCUAUCCCCAUCGGGUUGUCAUCAUCCGGCCCUUUAUGCAAUUGUAAUACAAGAUCAAUCACCACCUGAUUUCAAAGGUCUGAAAGUCACGACUUCCUCUAUACCAAUAAAGCCUCCUCAAUUCGCUGUCAUGAAGAGUGUGAAUUAUCUUCCAAACGUACUAUCUAAAAUGGAAGCAGAAGAAAAGGGAGGGUAUGCUGCUAUAUGGCUUGAUGAAGAUGGGUAUGUUGCGGAAGGACCUAACAUGAAUGUGGCUUUUGUCACGAAUGAAAAUGAACUUUUGAUGCCUCAUUUUGACAAAAUUCUAAGCGGGUGCACUGCAAGAAGAGUAUUGGUUCUGGCUGAAGGCCUAGUGAGGGAGGGGAAGCUAAAGUGCAUAAGGACUGGAAAUGUGACGGUUGAGGAGGGGAAAAGUGCCAAAGAAAUGAUGUUAAUUGGAAGUGGAGUUCUUGUCCGCCCUGUCUUGCAGUGGGAUGAUCAAUUGAUCGGUAAUGGAAAAGAAGGUCUGGUGUCUGAGGCUCUUCUAAAUCUUAUUUUGGAGGACAUGAAAUCUGGCCCCCCAUCUGUCCGUGUUCCUGUUCCAUAUUAGGUUUCUUCUCUCUUUCUCUCUAGCAUUCAUUGUAUGGGUCUUAAUAUUUAUGGAAUUUCAAUUAUUCAAUGCAAUGUGUCUCUAUUUAGUUGU